GAGAUCCCCUUCCUCCCUGGCUCCCCACGCCGGCUGAGCCCUCAGGCAGGAGCCAGCGGCGGCCUGAGGCCCAAGCACGGACAGCAAUAUCUCAAGGUGCAGGCAUCUAGAACCCCAGGACCGCGGGGUAGCAGUUCCCACCGAGAUGCUGGCCAGCUUCCCCGGGUGGACAGCUCACACGGCAGCUCUGUCAUCAACAAUUACCUGGAUGCCAACGAGCCCCUGUCCUCCGAGGCCCGGAUGAGCCGAAUGCACUUCUACGACAACCAGAGGAAGGUCGACUACGUGCUCGCUUAUCACUACCGGAAACGUGGGGCGCACACUGGCCACGGCUCCCCCGGCCAUGCACUCGCUAUUGUCUCCAAUGGGGAGACGGGCAAGGACCCCCAUGCUGGCGACAUUGAGCUGGGGCCGCUCGAUGCCCAGGAGGAGGAGAGGAAGGAGCAGCGGGAGGAGUUUGAGCACAACCUGAUGGAGGCCGGGCUGGAGCUGGAGAAGGAUGUGGAGAGUAAAAGCCAGGGAUCCAUCUUUGUCCGGAUUCACGCCCCGUGGCAGGUGCUGACCAGAGAGGCGGAAUUCUUGAAGAUCAAAGUUCCCACCAAGAAAGAAAUGUAUGAGAUCAAAGCAGAAGGCACCAUCGCAAAGAAGUUCAACGAGAUCCUGCAGAAACUCAGCUCACCUCUGCAGCCCAGAGUCCCAGAGCACAGCAAUAAUAGGAUGAAAAACCUCUCCUAUCCAUUCUCCAGGGAGAAAAUAUACCUGUACAACAUCCAAGAUAAGGACACCUUCUUCGACAAUGCCACCCGCAGCCGCAUUGUGCACGAGAUUCUGAAGCGCACGGCCUGUUCCCGAGCGAACAAUACGAUGGGUAUUAACUCUCUGAUAGCGAACAAUGUCUAUGCGGCUGCCUACCCUCUUCAUGAUGGUGAAUAUGACAGUCCCGGGGACGACAUGAACGACAGAAAGCUGCUGUAUCAAGAAUGGGCACGUUAUGGAGUGUUUUAUAAGUUUCAACCUAUUGACCUCAUCAGAAAGUAUUUUGGAGAAAAAAUUGGACUGUAUUUUGCCUGGCUUGGAUUAUAUACCUAUUUCCUCAUCCCAUCUUCUGUCAUUGGAGUGAUUGUGUUUCUCUAUGGAUGUGCUACUAUCGAAGAAGAUAUUCCCAGCAAAGAGAUGUGUGACCAGCAAAAUGCCUUCACCAUGUGUCCCCUGUGUGACAAAUCCUGUGACUAUUGGAACCUCAGCACAGCCUGUGGAACAGCACGGGCUAGCCAUCUGUUUGACAACCCUGCAACGGUCUUCUUCUCAGUGUUCAGACACCAUUGGGCAACCAUGUUUCUUGAGAAUUGGAAGAGACUACAGAUGCGACUGGGCUACUUCUGGGACCUGACCGGGAUAGAAGAGGAAGAAGAGCGUGCCCAGGAGCAUUCCCGGCCUGAGUACGAAACCAAGGUUCGAGAGAAAAUGCUAAAGGAGAGUGACAAGUCAGUCGUCCAGAAGUUGGAAACCGAUAGGACUGAGAGUGAUGACGAGGAUGAUGACGAUAAGCUGAGCUGGAAAGACCGUUUCCCAGGCUACUUGAUGAACUUUGCUUCCAUCUUGUUCAUGGUUCCCAAAACAGAACAGGCUUUUGAGGAGCGCCUGAUACUCAAAGCGUUCUUGCUGAAGUUUGUCAAUGCCUACUCCCCCAUCUUCUAUGUGGCCUUUUUCAAAGGGAGGUUUGUGGGCAGGCCUGGGAGCUAUGUCUAUGUGUUCGAUGGUUACCGAAUGGAAGAGUGUGCUCCAGGGGGCUGCCUGAUGGAGCUCUGCAUUCAACUCAGCAUCAUCAUGUUGGGGAAGCAGCUGAUCCAGAACAACAUCUUUGAGAUUGGAGUCCCGAAGCUAAAGAAACUCUUUCGGAAACUGAAAGAUGAGACAGAACCCGGAGAAACGGACUCUGCUCAGUCAAAACAUCCCGAGCAGUGGGACCUAGACCACAGCUUGGAACCGUACACUGGACUGACUCCCGAGUACAUGGAAAUGAUCAUCCAGUUUGGCUUUGUCACCCUCUUCGUGGCCUCCUUUCCUCUGGCUCCUGUGUUUGCCCUCCUCAACAACGUCAUCGAAGUGCGGCUGGAUGCAAAGAAAUUUGUCACCGAGCUAAGACGGCCGGAUGCUGUGAGAACCAAAGAUAUCGGAAUUUGGUUUGACAUUCUUUCCGGAAUCGGCAAGUUCUCCGUUAUCAUCAACGCCUUCGUCAUUGCCGUCACCUCGGACUUCAUCCCCCGCCUCGUGUACCAGUACUCCUACAGUCACAACGGGACGCUGCACGGCUUCAUCAACCACACCCUGUCCUUCUUCAAUGUCAGCCAGCUGAAAGAGGGGACGCAGCCAGAAAACUCACAGUUCGAGCAGGAGGUUCACUUCUGCAGGUUUAAGGAUUACCGAGAGCCGCCCUGGGCCACCAACGCAUAUGAGUUUUCCAAACAGUACUGGGCCGUUCUGUCUGCCCGGCUAGCUUUUGUCAUCAUCUUUCAGAACCUUGUGAUGUUCCUGAGCGUGCUGGUGGACUGGAUGAUCCCAGACAUCCCCACGGACAUCAGCGACCAAAUCAAGAAAGAGAAGAGUUUGUUGGUGGACUUCUUCCUGAAGGAGGAGCAUGAGAAGGUGAAGCUGAUGGACAACCGAGCCCCGAGGAGCCAGGGCGGGGAGGAUCGCAGCAGGCGCAGCCGGAUGGCCAGUUCAGCCCGCUCCGGCUGCAGCCUGCCAGGCAGUGCCGCAUCGAGGGGUUCUCAGCACACCAACGUGUGA